GCUGAUGCAACGCUGGAUAGAUAUAAAGGUGCAGACAAACCCCACCUCGUUUAGAACAACGUAAAUUCAAGUUGCGUAUCACAUCGUUGGCAAUUUGAUUUAUAUAACAUCUUAAAAUUGAUCUUUUAAGCUAUUCUUAUACAAUUGUAUCCACAUUGUAAGUUAUUUUCCUAUUUAAUUGGGACAAUUGAAUUGUAUCUUAGAUACAUUUAUUGUUACUGAAUAAAACUUCAAGGAUAAAUAGUUUCUAGUAGAAUAUUGGAGACAUUCAACGGUGAAGGAAUUGUUUCAAAUUAAAAUUGAAAAGGAUCGCUACUUUUUCAUAAGGAUUUUAUUCGUUUUCUCAAAGCAUGAAACAGGCCACUGCAAAAACAGAGAUGAGCCGCUUCAACAUUUCCCCGGAUGAGGAUAGCAGUGUCAGUUCCAAUAGUCAUGAAUACAGUUCCUGUCCAACCAAGAAGGUUCCUAUUGACAGUCAAUAUCCCGAUAUGGAUGCGGAGAGUCAAAACUUCCUUCCAGACUACCACCUGGACAAGAAGAAGUAUGAAACAGAUUAUCAUCCAGGCACCGCCUCUUUUGGGAUGUCAGUCUUCAACCUGGGCAAUGCUAUUAUGGGUAGUGGCAUCCUUGGUCUCUCCUAUGCCAUGGCCAACACUGGCAUUGCGCUCUUUGUAAUUCUCCUGGUGGCUGUGUCCAUCUUCUCCCUGUACUCUGUGCACUUGCUUCUAAAGACAGCCAAUGAAGGAGGGUCGCUGGUCUAUGAACAGCUGGGUUACAAGGCCUUCGGCAUGCCCGGGAAACUGGCUGCAUCCAUCUCCAUCACCAUGCAGAACAUCGGAGCCAUGUCCAGCUACCUCUACAUUGUGAAGUACGAGCUGCCGAUCGUUAUCCAAGCCUUCAUGGGAGCUACCAAUGGAGAGUGGUAUGCGAACGGGGACUAUCUUGUGAUCUUGGUGUCAGUUGUCAUCAUCCUGCCACUUUCACUUCUCAGGAACCUUGGUUACCUUGGUUACACAAGUGGUUUCUCCCUGCUUUGCAUGGUCUUCUUCCUGAUUGUGGUGAUCUAUAAGAAGUUCCAGAUCCCGUGCCCUUUCAUCCCUAACAUGGACGUGAUACUGAACGAGACGGUUAGCAAGAUCCUGAACAACACGGUGGGCUUCCUCAACACCACCGCCGUCGUCUACAACGAGGACGUCUGCACACCCAAAUACUUUGUCUUUAACUCUCAGACUGUGUAUGCUGUUCCUAUCCUGACGUUCGCCUUUGUCUGCCACCCCGCAGUCCUGCCCAUGUACGAGGAGCUUAAAGAUCGUUCCCGUAGAAAGAUGCAGGGCGUGGCCAACGUGUCUUUCCUGGCCAUGUUCAUCAUGUACCUGCUGGCUGCUCUCUUCGGAUAUCUGACCUUCAACGUGAAUGUGGAGCCCGAACUUCUGCACACCUACUCCAAGGUCUACAAGUCUGACGUGAUCCUACUCAUCGUUCGUCUGGCCGUGCUGACAGCUGUCACCCUGACUGUCCCUGUGGUGCUGUUUCCCAUCCGCACGUCGGUCAACCAGCUGCUGUGUGCCUCCAAGGAGUUCAGCUGGAUCCGCCACACCAUCAUCACCGUGGUUCUGCUGGCCAGCACAAAUUGUCUGGUCAUCUUCGUCCCCACCAUCAGAGACAUCUUCGGCUUCAUUGGUGCAUCUGCGGCAGCCAUGUUGAUCUUCAUCCUGCCCUCGGCCUUCUAUAUCAAACUGGUCAAGAAGGAGCCCAUGAAGUCUGUGCAGAAAAUUGGGGCAUCCAUCUUCCUGUGCAGUGGUUUCUUCGUCAUGAUCGGCAGCUUGACCCUCAUCACCCUUGACUGGAUCAACAACGCCUCACAAGCCUCCGACGGACACUAGGAUACCUCAUCCACCAGGGGGGGGGAGAACCACACCAUCCGCAGCUCAGCCGCUAAACAUCUGACCGCUAAGACUGCUACCCAAGAAGAAGAAAAUGACCUCACAUACAACAAUGUUCGGCUUUGAACUCUAAGCAACAGACUAUACCAUUCCAAUGAGAAUGUACUGAACUUUGUACAGUAUGCAGUUAAGCCACACAUGUGGUGAUUUUCUUUUUUCCUUUCGUUGUGCUUUCUUUGUUUCGUUUCCCGUUUUGGACGUUUUCUCUUUUUUUGUUAUUCUGGUACAGUUGAAACAUUUGACGGUGCCUCAAACAGGGAUGGUGUAGUUGUAGAGUUCCACUGCAGCUCAUAUUCAGGUACUGCGUGUGAGCUCAGCUUUUUGGGCACGGCGACAACUUUUCUCAACCGGGGCCGCACGCAACCGCGGACAUCCUGGAAUCCCAGAACUCAUUAGAGGUGAAGAACGUGACAGCAGACUCUACUCGACGUGAAUAAUUUAGCGUUCAACUUCUUAUUUUUUAAAACAUUGCCAAAAAAGGUAUUUGUAAUAUGUGUUUAUAUAUUUAAAAAGCACUUAAUGUUCAGCACACUCGUGAGGAAAUUGUCUGUUCACGGACUACUAGACCGCUUAUCAGUAUUUGUACCAAGGCUGUGUGACCUAGCUAGUGGUGUCGGCUUCACUUGUAAAAUGCUUAGUAUGAAUCAACGAAACCUGCCUUCUCAAAACCCCACACUGGAAGUUGCAAAAUAUCUCUUUUAAAGAAAUGUAUUACGCAUUGUAAUGUAUAGAAGACCUUGUUCAAAUCUUAUACAGCGAUGACACUACUGCUUGUAGAUGGGGCAUGCUCCCUGUCAAAUCCCCCGGAUGCUAAGGGGAGGGGGACGUUACACUUUUUUUCUUUAAGGAAGAAUAUCUUGAAUUUGACCACAUGCGUGGUUGUAAUGUACCUGUUUACCUUGCAAAAAUAGUUUGUUUUCUGACUGUUUUGAGACCGCACAUAACCAAACGUCACAUCAACGUUACAUAAUGGCUUCCAUGCAGAACUGAGGGAAGGCGGAGGAAUGUCGUGUGAGCUGCUCAGUGUAUCUGUCAAAAUGUCAGUGUUUUUCUAACGGUUGGCAGCUUCUCCUUAUUAAACAUAACCGUAGUUACAAAAAAAUAACGAAAUGAUUGAUAAGGAUAGUGUAAAGUUGGCUUGUCACCUCGUCACAAACACGAGGCGGGCGGCUCACUGCUUCCAAUGUUAACCUCACACAUCAUCCAAACUGUUAUUGUCCUGCGAUUAUUUAUGGAAGAACAUGAAAUCAAUGUAAUUUUAUCUAUUUUACUAUAUUUAUAUAUUGUACAUAUAUGUGUAAAUAUCUAUGAGUUGAACUACUGUAUAUAUGCUCUGUUUUGUUUAACCUUCUAUUGGCAUUUCACUAAAACUAGAGCUGUAAAAAUUGCUGGUGAAUUUGGUCUUUAUCAAUUUACCCCCCCCCCCCCUAUGAUUCAGUAUGGAGCUGUUCACUUUCAUUUCUGGAACCACAGUGAGAGAGUUUUCGCUCUUCCACUUGCUGUAAUUCUGAAAGACCAUGUUUAAAGUGGAACCUACCAAAACAUAGUGGCAGUGGUCUUUGUGUAACACACUUCACACUUGUUCUAUUUGUGACCCUGAUAACCUUUUCUCACAUGCUUUAUGCACGUCUUGGUUAGAGAGUAUGUGAGCCAUCUCUUGACCUCAGGAGCAGAGGGCAUCGCCCACCAGUGUUACACUCUUGUUUCAAUGAAACACUAUGUACAUCAUGUAAUUAUUGUCCAAAUAAAGUCAAAGAUAAUCCCA